UGGGAUACUAUGUCUACUACUAUAUUCAUAAUUUACUAUGACGAUAUGGGCAUGAUGUAUUCUACAACUGGCAUCCUAAACAUUUUGGUUUUGUGUACCAGAUUAGUAUUAACCAUAUGAGAACGCAGUGAAAGAAGUUACGCGUUGUCUUCAUUAAUUCCUGCUGGUCAAUAGCAUUGAUCACACAGAAAGGGGGCGAAACAGGCAGUGGGUUGUGGAAGACUGGGGGUGGCGGUUAGAGAGAGAGAGAUUGUCGAGCUCCAGUCGAGAGGUUUGCCCGUAACUUGCAAACCGAAGCAACCGCCUGGGGUGCUCAGACCAUUCAGCGGGACUGUCCAACGCGUGGAAGGGCUGUUAAAACCCGGAGAGCGCUGCUAAAUUGACGACCGCAAAGAUGAUUGCAACCACGCAACAAAACAUGACAACAGACCAUGACAUGGGGAGCUCAAGUGGACCACCACGGAACUGGAAGGGAAUAGGCAUUGCCAUGGUGGUGAUCCUGGCCGUCAUGUCUCUGGUCCUCCUGGCAGUGGUCGUUCUCACACCUGAUGAGUCUCACCUCUUAUUACAGUCCCCCCUCACCAUGGAGGACAUUGAGAGCCGUGGGUUCAAAGUUCAAGACCCCUGUGUCAGCUGGCUGAAUGAGAACGAGGUAGUCCUGCGCACCAGGGAGGGUCACGUGCUGACCUACGACCUGCAGUCCAACCUCACGUCCACCUUACUGGACAACAGCACACUGGAUCCUGACUGCAUGAAGUUCCAAGUGUCAGCGGAUAAGAGGUUCAUUCUGUCGGCGUAUAACAUUCGUCCGGUGUUCACUCAGUCCUUCACUGCCAGCUAUGCCAUCCACACCGUGGCCAGUGGGGACAUUGCGGAGCUCACGCCACCAGAUGAAGAGACGGCUGUGCUUCAGUAUGCGGAGUGGGGGCCUCAGGGGAGCCAGCUGGUCUAUGUCUUUGACAAUGACAUCUACUACCAGCCAGAUGUAUCUAGCCGAGCAAUGCGACUCACCUCAACAGGCAGGGAGGAACUUGUGGUCAACGGCGUGACUGAUUGGACCUACGAAGAGGAGGUUCUGCUCUCCUAUAAGGCUCUCUGGUGGUCAGUAGAUGGUGCCCGUCUGGCGUACCUCACGAUCAACAACUCCGCCACACCUCUAAUGGAGAUUCCUCACUUCCUGGGUGGAAUAUAUCCUUCCAACAUCUUAUACCCAUACCCUAAGGCAGGCUCUCACAUUUCCUCUGUCAGCCUCUUUGUGGUGAAUCUCUAUGGGCCUGCUCACACAGUGGAGAUGAUUCCCCCAGAUUCUCAGAGGGCCAGAGACAGCUACAUCUCGAUGGUUAGCUGGAUAAGCAGCACUCAGCUAGCUGUGCGCUGGCUGAAUCGGGUCCAGAACCAGUCAGUGCUCUCCGUUUGUGAGGCCACAACUGGGGCCUGCUCUGAGAAACACAAAAUGAGUGUGGACCUUUGGCAGACUCAGCAGCAGGAGGUGUCGUUGUUCUCAGCAGAUGGCUCUGUGUUUUACUUGACACUUCCUGCCAAACAAGGGGCGCGUGGGGAGUUCCGCCACAUCGCAAGCCUAUCCUCUCAGCCUGUCCUCUCAUCUGUUUCUCCUCGCUUUCUGACAUCGGGCAACUGGGAUGUCACCUCUCUCUGCGCGCUGGAUGAGGAAACUGGGAAAAUUUACUUCCUGAGCACAGAAGAAUCCAGACAGAGCCGACACUUGUACAGUGUGGAAUUAGGGGGGUUUUUCCUGCGGCAGUGUCUGACCUGUGGCCUCGUAGACGACUGUAGCUUCUUUCGAGCUCAGUUCAGCCCAAACCUCACCUACUUCACCCUCCACUGCUUAGGGCCUGGAGUGCCUAAGGUGACCAUUCAUGGCACAAGUGACCCAUCCAGAUACACAGUCCUGGAAGAUAAUGUUCCACUGGCUAUUGCUCUGGGAGGAAAGCGCCUUCCUGAGAUACUGUACCAGACCCUUUCAGCUGACAACUACGAUCUUCACGUCAAGCUCUCCCUGCCUAAAGGCUAUGAAGCAGACCUGCACCCUCUCCUGGUCAUCGUUGACGGUAGCCCAGGCAGUCAGCUGGUCACGGAAGAGUUCUCUCUGGACUGGGCACAGGUGCUGUCCAACUCCCACCGCACGGCCCUGGCCUGGGUGGAUGGCAGGAGCAGGGGGUCCAGAGGCCAGAAGACUAGCCCCUUAGAUGCUCGCAAACCUGGGCCACUCAGGAUCAAGGACCAUUUGGGCGUGGUGGAGUGGUUGAUGCAGCUGCCUUAUAUUGACAACAGAAGGGUUGCUCUCUAUGGGAAGGCAUUUGGAGGCUAUUUGACCCUGAAAAUGCUGGCUGGCACCAAUCGACUCUUCAAGUGCGGGGUUGCUGUGGCUCCCAUUACAGACUUCAAACUCUAUAGUGCUGCUUUUUCAGAGAGGUACCUAGGACUCCCUGAUAAGGAGGACCAUGCUUAUGUGGCAGCCUCCUUGCUUGAAGAUGUCACCAAAUUAAAAGAUGAGCAGUUUCUUCUGCUGCACGGAACGGCAGACGCCCGAGUGCACUUCCAGCACAGCGCGGAGCUCCUGAGCCGGCUGGUGAAGGUGGAGGCCAACUACUCCCUGCAGCUCUAUCCAGACGAGGGCCACACACUCAGGGAGGCACGCAGCCUCCAGCACCAGAGCCGCGUCCUCCUCCACUAUCUCCACAACUGCCUCAAGCUUGACCCCUCCCUCACCUAUGUAGAGGAUGAGGAGGAUGAGGAGGAAGAAGAUGACUGAGUCCCACCCAUCUUCCCCUGUCCUCAACCCCCCUCCCUCCCCCAGAGAGACUAAAUGAGGACAGCUUGCCCCCCUCCCCCACCUUACAAGAGCCGAAGGGUGCAAGAGGUGGGGACCCACUCUGCCAACCACUUAACUGGACCUCUUCCGAGAAGAGGAUGCAGUGCUCAUGACCUUGUCACCUCACUGGGGGGUGCCAUUUCACUCAUUUAUGUGUGUGUGAGUUGGUGUGGUGCACGCACGUGUGUGUGUGUGUGUGUGUGUGUGUGUGUGUGUGU